CAUUCAGUUUCCAAUACAUAAAAUACCCUUUUGCAAAAAUGGGUUCCAAGGCUCUUCUUUUCUUCUGCAUUUCCUUGGCUAUAGUUCUCAUGAUUACCUCACAGGUUGCUGCUAGGGAAUUGGCUGAGACUUCCCAGUCAGUUGACAAUUCCAAGACUGUUGAUGAGACGAAAGGCGUAGAAGAAGCCAAGUGGGGUGGAGGUUAUGGUGGUGGCGGUUAUGGUGGUGGCGGUUAUGGUGGCGGCGGCUAUGGUGGUUAUGGCCAUGGUGGUUAUGAUGGUUAUGGCCAUGGUGGUUAUGGUGGUGGUUAUGGCCAUGGUGGUUAUGGCCGUGGUGGUUAUGGUGGUGGUUAUGGCCAUGGUGGUUAUGGUGGUGGCUAUGGCCAUGGUGGUUAUGGUGGCGGUGGCUAUGGAGGUGGAGGAGGUUAUGGUGGCGGCCACGGUGGUUAUGGUGGUGGUCAAGCCGUGGAGGCUGAGCCUCAGAACUAGUAAAGCCAGUUUCUAGCUAAGCCAUGAAUUCUUAAACAGGCUCGCUGUGAUAGUGUGCGGUUUGUAGCGUGAAGUACAAAUAAGAGCUUGGUUAGUGUUUUGUAAUAUGCAGUCUAUAUACUUGCUUGCUAGAUCGAUGUUUCAAUUGUGUGAAUUUGUAAUAAUGUGUCUCUUCAAUGAAGGCAUCUGAUGUGAUGUCAAAAUAUUCUCAUGCAAUAUGAAGUCUUUCAGUAA